CUUUUUAAUCUCACAAUCACUGACCUUUGCGCUGGCUUUAUUUCACAAUCAGUAAUGAUUGCUAUGACUCAGACAGGAAUAAGCCAAAGCACCUUUGAAGAAUGUCGACUGCUGGAAUACGUCGCAUUUCUGUUAAGUACAAUUUUCUCCGGUGUAUCUUUGUCGACGAUAACUGCCAUUUCUGUGGAUCGACUCAUGGCUCUCUUGUUAGGAAUACGAUAUAGACAAGUUGUCACCAUAAAGCGAGUUCGUAUUGUCGUCUUUUUACUGUGGGUCCAAAGCCCUUUGGUGGGAGCUGCUUGGUUCUGGAGCAUAAGGGCAUACGGAAUUGCGAGCGGUGUAAUGAUCAUGUUGAAGAUAACAAUCUCGACUUACUCUUACACAAGAAUCUUUCACUAUUUUCGAUGUCGGCGAAUGGCCGUGCAAGAUCAUGGGUGCCCAGGAGCAGGUGCCAAGCUGACGAUGGCGCGGUACAAAAAGACAGUCAUCAAUUCGCUGUGGGUUCACUUAACGCUAAUGUCAUGCUAUCUUCCUUUUACAUUACUUUCAGUCAUAGCGCUUAUUCGUGGAUUAAACUUAACACUAUUUGUGGCACACGUCUCCGCGGUUGUUUUAGUCAACCUUAAUUCCUUGCUAAAUCCCAUUCUUUACUGUUGGAAGAUCAAAGAAAUUCAAAGAGCCGUCAAGGAAACGUUAAGACAGUUUUGCACUUAUUUUGUCCCUUGAAAGGACUACGGAUAAAAAGAAAAGAAAAACGCUCCACAGAAAUCCCAUGCUAAGGGCACAAUACUUUCCGUUAAAACGAAAGCUAUUCCCGCAUCAUUAAUUUGAUAUAGUGUGUCGUGAAAGUCAAGUGAUUCGUGAACAUUGCAAAACUUAAUUUUAAUCAUUAUUUCAGAACCCUAAGUGUAGUCUAAAACUACAGAAAAUCUAGUACAAUGUAAAAAUUUGAAACGGAAAGUUUCAUGUAUAAAAAAGUUUAAGAGUGAUAGAUCAAACUUUAAUCGGCCUAUAUAGUAAUUAUUAUAUUGACACUACAAGUUGUACUACCCUUAACCAAUGUUUAUGUCAAUGUCAUUUAUCUUGAAAUUUACCCAAAAGCCUCUUACUUUGCAGGAAGUGCCCAGAGUGUAUUAUUUGUACGCGUCAAUUAAAUUUUGCAGAAGAGGUCAGAGAUUGAAAAAAUUAACGUCGAGGUACUGCAUUGCACAUAAGUAUAUGUCGAAAAACUGCUUGAUACAGCGUAUUGUAAGGAGUUUGGUUUAAAAUUGAAUAACACAUAAAAGAAAAAUUAUCACUCAAAUCGGUCGCGCAAUAGGGCAUCUUGUCUUGCAGCAGUAGCUUAUUAGAUAGUUUCUAGAAGCUUUGAAAUUGCAGCUCUAGCACUGAAUCAGCUACGACUUUACAUAUGCAGCUACAAUUGCUGUAGCCAAUUUUUUUUUUUCGCGUGGAGGGGAAGAAGAGAAGACUAUUUGCCAUCGUUUAAACAAUCUUCUCACUCCGUUUCUGAGGGUGAAACACAGACAGGACAAGUUCCCCCAUGAAAAACUUUGCAUUUCUGACAGCAUUUAUUUACGUUUUCCCAAAUAUUGUUUUUGUUCUGCUAUAAAUAAUAUAUUACACUCCAAGCUUGUGUCUAAAAAUGUGCAACCCGCGAAAGUUAUAAUUCAUCCAAUUGAUAAAUAACAAUGAUUUCAAUAAAUUAUACUCUUUCCAUGGAUUUCA